AGAGUCUAGAUCUAGGAAAUCAAGGACAUUUUCACAAGAUGUCAGCAAUUGAGAGCUGUAGUCGUAGAAGGAAGUUAUGCUAGAAGUGUCGAAUUGUACUAGACUAGAUAGAUUUUGAUCGAGAGAUUAGAGUAUUUAGAUAUCAUAUUAGAUCUAGAAUCUAGAGAAAUCUAGUCGUAUACGAGUACUGUUAGCACAGUUUCAUGAGUUUGGCGUAGCGGUAGUCUUGCCUUUUCAUUUUGUUGCCAAACUUUUGGUACAGUAACAGUUACAGUGACACUGACAGUAGUAAGUACCAACACGACAGUCAUAGAUGAUAGACAUAUCAUGUCAUAUGUCAUAUGAUAGUGAAACUGAAGCAUCAAACAGGCACUGAGUUGACUGAGUCGUGAGUGUAGGACUCAAGAGCGUAGCUGUAGGCGUACUAGGGCCUUACUAGGCGUAAUUUGUAGGUAGAUCUAGGAUCCGUAGCCGUAGCGUAGGUGAUAUUUGAAAUGGAAACUAUGGCACAGACACAAGUUGUGCUACAAGACAUUAAUGAACUGAUAGAUCUUUUCCUUUCUCCCGAUUUUGAGCCCUUGCCAAAAUCAAAGUCUACAACAAAUGUUGAUGCAUUCCACUUUGAAGCAGAGGGUGAGGAAUUUGAUGAUGACUCUCAACCCAAUCCUGAUAAUUAUGCUUCUUUCAAAUUACGAGCAGCGGGAAAUGAAUCUAGAUUUUUUAAAGCCACUGAUGCUGCAAAAACCAACAGGCCUAUAGAUACAGAGACAUGUGGCAGGACUUUGGCCAAAAUGGGAGAUGAAUUUUACUCCAGCAAAAUGAAGGAGCGAAUGACAGUCAAAGAACAGCUCCGGAGAAUCUUUCAACCUCUUGCUCUUGAAAGUCGUAGCACUGACCCUGAGGUGGAGAAAAACACUUGGGAGAAGUUUAAAAAUGUGCUGGACUCAUACAUAGCCACCGGUUCAGGGGAUGCUCCGAAGGUGUUGGGGGCCAUCUUACUUUCUGUCAGUGGACUGUCGUAUCUAGGCAGCGGAGUUAAAGAUCAGGUGAAAAACUUCACCAGAAGAUAUAUAGCACAGAGAAACUUGGACCGUGAUAUUGCUCGUAUGGGAGGCUUGAAUGCCAUAAUGUCCACUCAAUUAGAUUGAGAGCUAACGGGAAAUGACAUUCAAGAGAUGUUUUAACCAGCCGCCUUCAAUUGCUCAUAAACUUCCAGGUGUAAUCAAUGAUGGUAGGAACUCUCUUACAUUGAAAAGUGCAUACUCAUGACCUUUAUUUUAAUUCUUUAUGUACGCCAGUUAUUAUUCAUUUCUUUUUUUUUUGUAUAACUGAAAAAGUUUUUGCUUCAAGUGUUUGACUGACUACUAUUAAAAAAAAAAGAAACACAAUAUAAAGAAAACUACAUUUGGUAUUAUCAGAUUUUGUGUAGACUUGCCACAAUAAAGUUAAUAUUUAUUGCAUGUUUAGCAUUUUCCAUGACAUGUAUGCAAUUUAGCAAAACUUGUUUUAUUAUCAUUUAAACUUUUAAUCAUCAAAUUAGGAGCAGCAAUGCUUUUUAAGAUAUGCUUGUAAGAAAUUGAUUUUGAGAAUGUCUUUUAGGGAGCACUCUUAAAAUAAUGUAAUACAAUGUAAUAUAAUUCAGAAAGAUUUUUUCAGAAUGAGAAUAGCAUAUUUAUGUUUGUCAUUGUUAAUUUUGUGAACAUUGUUUCAUUUUGACUGUUGAUGCUUUGUUCUAAAUAAUUUUCUUGCCAAUAAUGCACAACACGUAUGUUAGUACAUUUUAAUCCACUAAAUUGAACCACAUCAGGACAUUAUUGCAUUGGUUCUACUAACCGGCUGGUUCGAUUACACUAGCAUGCCCCAAAUUUGCUUGUGUAAUUUUUUUUAUAUGUGCAAUAUAAACACAUAGCAAAGCAUACAAACAAGAACAAUGGAUAUUACUUAAAUUUUUUAGAAAGAUCUACAACAAAUGGUCCUACAACAAUUUAGUCAAUGUUUUCUCAUAAAGCCACCACAAAUGGAGGAGCUGGAAUACUCAUCAAAUGGCCCGAUGGAGAAAAACUAGAAAAAUCCAUUGCAACUGGAGAGCUUUUUGACAGCCACAGAGCGGAAAGGGAAGCACUAGAACUAGCUGCUACCAUGCAAAUCAUCCAAGUACCCCACCCAGUCAGAUUGUCUUUCUAACCGAUGCAAAAAUAACCCUCCAAAGCUUGGAAAACUCUGAUUCCUCCUAUAUAAAAAUGACUCAGGACAGCACUUAUAAAGCUCAAGAACAACAGCAAAAAAACUGUUAUUCAAUGGAUACUAGCACCAGCAAGGCUGACACACUCGCCAAGAGUGGGAGAACAAACUCACAAUUAAACAUUGCAGUCUAUACAGAAGAAAUGAAGAAACUAAUAGUAAAUAAAAUAAAUGAGAAAUGGACAAGCUGUCAUCCAAAUCACAAUAAAGAUGAUGCCUAUUAUAAGCUAUCCCGACAAGAUUAAUGUCUAAUUUUUCGACUCAGGACCGGACACAACAGAAUGCGACAACACAUGUACCGGAAGCUCAAAAUUGGAACCAGUGAAAUCUGCCCAUGUGGAGUGCCACCAGAGAAUGCUGACCAUGUCCUUCAAAACUGUUCUCUUUACCAUGAGGCCCUUACAAGACACUGGCCCCAAAACACCCCAAUAGAAAGAAAACUAUAGGGAUAGCUCCCUGAUUUGGAAACCACUGUGCAGUUCAUCUCAUGUAUUGGUCUAGUCAUCUGAACACUCCAACAUAACAAUGAGAAGGAAGAAGAAAAUUCAAUGUUUAAAGAACUUUUCCUGUGUGAUCUGACACAUUCUAUUGAUGAACUGCUCUUAAACCAAAUCACCACAAAAAUCUAGCGCUCACAAUUUUCUUUUCCUUCAAGCCACUAGCCCCGAAUCAGUCAUGAGUCUCUCUGCAAAUUGAGUAGAAAUGGCAAUGUCUUAAUCUUCAUUUUCAGUGUAUCAUUGAAGUUUGGUGUUGUUGGGUAUAUAUUCUUCAAGGUUUUAGAUCUAUUGAAGUUCCACAUUUCAACCUUGUAGCAUUUUUUUUUUCUUUUCACUCUCUCCUUCUGUUGUCUGAUUAUACAGAAUUUCAGUCUGAAUCAGCAGAUAACAUUACACGCAUAUUAUAGGUUUUAUUUCUGUACUUUAGGAUUCGGUUUGAAUAAGUGACUGGUUCAAUUAACCAUAUUUGACUGUAGACCAUUACAUUCCUGUCAUUAACUCAAGCAUAGUCAGUGAAGGUUUGAGGCGUGUUGUAUGACCCACACAUUCUUCUCAUAAGAAAUGAGUGUAGAAGAAAUCACAAAUAUUUAGUACCGGUAUUGUAUGUUUUUAGUCUGUAAAGGUACUCUUUGUUUUGGUCGUUGUUGUAACUUCUUUGUUUCCUGUUCCAAUGUUGAUUAAAAAAACUAUGCAAGAAGGCUUCCAUUUAAAUUACAAUAAAAUAUUUUAUGUAUACUAUGUGAUAAAAAAAAACAUUUUUUAAAGACCUAUUCAAAUUUUUUAUUCCAAAAUAUUUUUUUCGGAUGGAUGGAAGUGUUUAUCUUAUGGCUGUGAAAAAAAAAGUUUGGAUACAUCUGAAACAUAUUGAGAGUUGGCAAGUAACUUUUCUCUUAGUAAAUCAUUAUAGAAUUUACAUGUAAUGUAUUAUGAAAAUCUUCAAGUGUGGCAGCUCUUCCUAAUAUUAUAUUUUAUGUUUUAUUAAACAUAAAAAAAAAAAGAAUUCAAUGUUUGACUCUUGUUUGUUGAUGUCAAUGUGUGCAACUUAUGUACAUCAAUCUUAUCUACUCUAUGAUAUUAUCUUGUAACUGAUCUUCAAAUACUUUAAAUUAAUUUUGGAUUUAUAUCUUAAGACAAGUGUCAGAAUGUCAAAUGGUUUAACAAAGAAAGGAUGGGCUUAAAUAAAAGAACAUUUGUAUGACAACCUA